AUGAGGUCUUCAAUGGCCUCUGCCACUUUGACUCUUCUUUUAGCCAUGCUGUUUGUAACCUUACCAUCCCAAAUUUCAGCCAACAGCUACUUGUAUUCUUCUCCUCCACCACCAGCCACCGUGUACCCUCCUGUUUCACCACCUUACCAUUACUCUUCACCACCACCUCCGGUGUACUCUCCUCCAAAACAUCCUUACCACUAUAAAUCUCCACCACCACCGCACCAUAAGCCGUACAAGUAUGCUUCUCCCCCACCACCGGUGUACUCUCCUCCUAAGCAUCCUUACCAUUACAAAUCUCCACCGCCACCACACCAUAAGCCGUACAAAUAUGCUUCUCCUCCGCCACCGGUUCAUCAUGUUUACCCUAAGCCAGUCUACCACUCUCCACCACCACCAAAGACAUCAUACAAAUAUUCAUCUCCUCCUCCACCAGUGCACCAUGUCUACCCUAAACCUAUCUACCAUUCUCCACCACCUCCAUACUACCCUCAUCCACACCCCCACCCUCAUCCUCAUCCACACCCCCACCCAGUCUACCAUUCACCACCUCAAUCCCCAAAGAAGCCAUACAAAUACUCAUCUCCUCCUCCUCCAUAUCACCCUUAUCCCCAUCCCCAUCCCCAACCUCACCCCCACCCCCACCCUCAUCCUUACCCACACCCACACCCAGUUUACCACUCACCUCCUCUUCCACAUAAAAAGCCAUAUAAAUACUCAUCUCCACCACCUCCAACCCACCAUGUUUACCCUAAACCAAUCUACCACUCACCACCACCACCAAAGAAACCAUAUAAAUACUCAUCUCCCCCACCACCAGUCCCCACUCCCUACGUUCCACAUCCAGUGUACUCACCACCGAAGAAACCAUACAAAUACUCUUCUCCACCACCAAUCCACCCUCCCUACGUCCCCCACCCAGUUUACUCCCCACCAAAGAAACCAUAUAAAUACUCAUCUCCUCCACCACCAGUCCCCACUCCCUACGUUCCCCACCCAGUUUACUCACCACCUAAGAAGCCUUACAAAUACUCAUCUCCACCACCACCGGUUCCCUCUCCAUACAUUCCACAUCCAGUCUACUCACCACCAAAGAAACCUUACAAAUACUCAUCUCCACCACCACCGGUUCCCUCUCCAUACAUUCCACAUCCAGUCUACUCACCACCAAAGAAACCUUACAAAUACUCAUCUCCCCCACCUCCAGUCCCCACUCCCUACGUUCCUCACCCAGUUUACUCACCACCAAAAAAGCCAUAUAAAUACUCAUCUCCUCCACCACCGGUUCCCUCACCCUACAUUCCACACCCAGUUUACUCACCACCCAAAAAGCCAUAUAAAUACUCAUCUCCUCCACCACCGGUCCCCACUCCCUACGUUCCUCACCCAGUUUACUCACCACCAAAGAAGCCAUACAAGUACGCUUCUCCUCCUCCUCCACCUGUUCACACUUAUCCUCCAUACAUUCCUCACCCAUGGUCUGCCAUAGCUCUCUAUGAUAUAUAUGAACGAAGAAUAUUUGAAAAUAAAGAAAGCGAUGAAGAAAAAGAGAAGAAAAGGAAGCAAAGUUUCCGCGUUUUGCCUUCAUGA